UCCAACCCCCUCCUCCCCGCUCCCCUCCCCCUGCUCCCAAGGCGAUUGUCAUAUGAUAGCAAAGAAGUGGCACAUUAAUGAAGCGCCUCUACAGGGGUCUUUUCUGCUCAUGUCACCACAUAAAACUAUCAGAUGGUUAGAGGAAGGACAUGGAGGCAACUACUUAGCUCAUCGCGGCUGCAGAAAAGCAUACAAGGCUCUGCCACAGUCCAGCUGCCGGUGGUGUAAAAGAAGCUGAUUGAGCCUGCGGAGAAGAAGGGAGGGGUAUACAGGAGGAUUCCCAAAACCAAGUCAGUUCGCUGCCUCCUCAGGACUAAACCGGAGCAGAGUGGCCGGGAAAGGAGCGAAACGCGCCGGCAGAGCGAAGCGGUAAAGAGCCCGGACUCCCAGCUACGUCCCGGAUGCAGACUGUCAACUUCCAUCAACUUUAAGAUCUCCGCGGGUCCCCUAGCGAAGAUGCCUCGCCCGGGCAGAAACACUUACAGUGAUCAGAAGCCUCCCUACUCCUACAUCUCUCUGACCGCCAUGGCGAUCCAGAGCUCCCCGGAGAAGAUGCUGCCCCUGAGCGAGAUCUACAAGUUCAUCAUGGACCGCUUCCCCUACUACCGGGAGAACACGCAGCGCUGGCAGAACUCCCUCCGUCACAACCUCUCCUUCAACGACUGUUUCAUCAAGAUCCCGCGCCGCCCCGACCAGCCAGGCAAGGGCAGCUUUUGGGCGCUGCACCCCAGUUGCGGAGACAUGUUCGAGAACGGCAGCUUCCUGCGCCGCCGCAAGCGCUUCAAGGUGGUCAAGUCGGACCACCUGGCCCCAAGCAAACCAGCGGACGCGGCACAGUACCUGCAGCAACAGGCGAAGCUGCGGCUCAGCGCGCUGGCCGCAACCGGCACCCACCUGCCCCAAAUGUCCACGUACAACCUCGGCGUAUCUCAGCCUUCCAGCUUCAAGCAUCCCUUCGCCAUCGAGAACAUCAUCGCUAGAGAGUACAAGAUGCCCGGCGGCAUCGCUUUUUCCACCAUGCAGCCCAUGCCUGCCGCCUACCCCCUCCCCAACCAGUUGACUACGGUGGGCAGCUCCAUUGGCACGGGCUGGCCCCACAUGUACAGCUCCAGCAUGAUCGACACCGCCACCCCUAUCUCCAUGGCCAGCGGCGAGUACGGCGCCUAUGGCGUGCCCAUUAAACCACUCUGCCAUGGGGGGCAGACUUUGCCGGCCAUCCCUGUCCCUAUUAAACCUACUCCCGCUGCGGUGCCGGCCCUUCCCGCUCUUCCCGCGCCCAUCCCCACCAUCCUCUCGAACUCGCCGCCGUCUCUCAGCCCCACGUCCUCGCAAACGGCCACCAGCCAAAGCAGCCCGGCCACCCCCAGCGAGACUCUCACCAGCCCGGCACCCGCCCUGCACUCCGUGGCGGUGCACUGACCCGGGCCACCUGCACGGACUCCACCGUUCUCCUUCCCUCGAAGUUUCCUUGGAGUUCUCCUCCCUCCCCUUCCCCCCCCCCAACUCCGCGUCUUUCCUUCCUCCUCUCUCCUCUUUUCCUCGAAAGCAGAGACAACUCCCCGCGAGAAACUGAAUUUGCUGUGAGCUGCCUUUCUGCUUCGCCCCUUCGGCCAUGCCCGCCUUUGAGUAUCGGCUUCUUUCUUGCUUCUGAACUUUGUUUUCCACUCGUCUGAGGCAAAACGAACCGACCCGGCCCGGUCCCCUCCCGUCCUGGUAGGAACUGCCAUAUGCAUCACUACUUCUCCAAAAGUACUUCAGGCAUCUUCGAUUUGCCGGGAACCAGGCAAGCCUGGCCCGACAAUACCUCUUUCCUUUCUUUUGUCUGGGAAAGAGCUGGGGUUCAUAUGAAACCGACCCUUAAAACCAUAAACAGAGUGAAAUGGCUGCACGAUAGCAGCGCCGUUUCCAGCCUCCAAGCGGCAAACGCUUGGACCUUGGAAACGCCGGGAAGUACUCGUGUCCUUUGUGUGGGUGCGUGUACGUUGGUGUCUGUUGGCCAAAGGGCGGGAUUUCCGCGGGGCAGCGCUGUGGGACCCGCAGCCUCCGUCGCCCCUCUACAGGAGCGGUGCGCUGGCAGCCGGGCCCUGCAAGCGAGCAGGCAGGCGGGCGCGGACGCCGUGCAAGGGACAGGCAACCCUUCACUCAUUCCAUACCUACAUUGUUUACAAAGCGCCGGUGUUAAUGUAAAUAUUGAACUUGCAUCCGCACUGUAAAUCGGAUGAAGUCCCUUUGCAGUACCUGUUGUAACGUGAAUAUUUACUGUAGUUCACAAGUGGAAGAAAAGUUGAUUUUGAUGAACCUGAAGGUUUGGGGAGCUGAGGGUUUCUUGGGUUAUUUUCUAUUUUUAAAUUGGUAGCUAUUUAUUUCAUAUCUUAAAACCAAAUGAUAAUAAUAAAAAAACAUGUUACCAAGCACACAACUCAGCACAGCUUAAGAAAAGCUGCUGAAGUCACUUGUAGAAUAUGGAGAAGAAAUAAAACAGCAGGUACAAACUAUGUAGGUCAUUCUGAUUUCCGCUGGAGCUUUGCAGACGAGAGGGGGGGGGGGGGGGGCUAAGGAAACUGUAAAUGCUUGUGCAUAGGAAUGAUUAUAAAACGUGUAAAAUGCACUUUUGUUUGAUAUACUCCUUUCUAGUUUUAGGUAGUUUGCUGGAAACUGAACUGUUGUUCUGUUGUGAACUGCUUAAGUCAAGAGGAAAGAAAAAAACAAAAACAAAAAAACCCCUCCAAACCCAGCAUUAGUGUCUAUUGAAAUUGUAAAGACAUUUCUAUUUUUUCCUGUAUAGAAUAAGCAUGACAUUUAAAAUAUUGGUGUUCUUGUUCCCAGCAUGUGUGUUUUAAGACAAAGGUUAUAAAAGUGUCUACAUUAAAUUAUGAACCUAGUCAUCCAAAUAAUAUUUUCUCAUUAAAAC